AUGGCUGUAAAGAUUGAAGCUCCAUAUUUUACGAACGAUUUUGUAAAAACAGAACAAUUAAGCGAUAAUGAUAAGAACCCUAAUGAACAGAUUACAGAAGAUGACAGCUGGGUUGUGAUUGGAUCAUUUUUUGGAAGUCACGGUUUGGUGAAUCAACAGAUUGAAAGCUACAAUGAUUUUAUUGAAUACCGUAUGCAAGAAAUUAUCGAUGAGCAUCCCAAGAUAGAAAUAAGACCACAACCCCAAUAUAGGACAGACAGAGAUGAGAAUGAUAAUAUAAUAUAUUCUUUAAAAUUUGGUCAGCUAUCUUUAGAUAGACCUUUUUAUGAUGAGAAGAAUUUAUCUAAUAAGAAUUUAUGGCCCCAAGAAGCCCGAUUAAGGAAUUUAACUUAUUCAUCGGCAAUAUAUAUUGAUAUUGAACAGUCGACUUAUAUUAUUGAUGAGGUUACAAAGAAACCUGUUUUGAAAGAAAAGUUUAUAUAUGAAAGAAUAAAUUUAGGUAGAAUACCAUUAAUGCUUAAAUCUAUGUUUUGUUGGACAAAAGGAUUACCAGAGAAUGAAAUUGCUGAUAUGGGUGAAUGUUCUUAUGAUCAAGGUGGUUAUUUUAUUGUGAAUGGUGGUGAAAAAGUUCUUGUUGCACAAGAAAGAAUGGCUAAUAAUUUUAUUUAUGUCUUUAAAAAAAAACAACCUUCUAAAUUUGGAUGGGUUGCUGAAAUUAGAUCACAAAUGGAACGUUCACAAGCUACUUCAGGGUUUUCUGUAAAAAUGAAAACAAGAAGUGGUGGUUCACAAUAUGGUAGUAAUAAAUCAGGUGGGCAAUUAGUUGCUACGUUACCUUAUAUUAGAACAGAAAUAUCUGUAGGUAUAUUAUUUAGGGCUUUAGGUUGUACAUCGGAUCGUGAUAUUUUACAAAGAAUAGUAUAUGAUUUUAAUGAUAAACUAAUGAUUAAUGCUUUAAGAGAAACCUUAGAAGAAUGUAUAGAGUAUCCAACACAAGAUGUUUGUUUAGAUUUCAUUGGAAAAAGAGGACCAACCGUUGGAGCCUCCAGAGAAAAAAGAAUUUUAUAUGCUAAAGAAUUAUUACGUAAAGAAGUAUUACCACAUAUGGGUACUCAUCCUGGUGUCGAAAGUAAAAAAUCAUAUUUUAUUGGAUAUAUGAUUAAUAGAUUAUUAUUAGCUGAAUUAGGUAGAAUUAAAGAGGAUGAUCGGGAUCAUUUCGGUAAAAAAAGAUUAGAUAUUGCUGGACCAUUAAUGGCUAGUAGUUUUUCUACUUAUUUUAGAAAAAUGGCUAAAGAUGUUAGAAGAGUUUUACAAAGACAAAUUGAUAAUAAUAAACCUUUCGAUGUUGCUGGUGCUAUACGUAGCUGUUCACAAAUUACACAAGGCAUGCAAUAUCAGCUAGCUACUGGAAAUUGGGGAAAGGAUAAAGACGGAAAAGUUAUAAGAACAGGGGUUGCACAGGUUUUAAAUAGAUUAACAUAUUCUUCAUGUUUAUCACAUUUAAGACGAUUAAAUACACCCUUAGGUAGAGAAGGGAAAAUGGCGAAGCCUAGACAAUUACAUAAUACACAUUGGGGUAUGAUUUGUCCAUUUGAAACACCAGAAGGACAAUCCGUUGGUUUAGUAAAAAAUUUGUCCUUAAUGUGUGAUAUAAGUGUUGGAACAUCAACAAAUAAUAUAUAUGAAUUUUUAACAGAAUGGGGAUUAGAAUCAUUAGAUGAAGUACCUCCUGAACUAAUGAAAGAAAAAGUGAAGUUAUUUUUAAAUGGGAAAUGGGUUGGAUGCUUUAAUCAAAUCGAUAAUUUAAUAGAAACAUUAUAUGAAUUAAGGAGACGAUGUGAUAUAUCACCUGAAGCUUCUAUAGUAAGAGAUGUUAAUAGUAAAGAAAUAAAAAUUUUUACUGAUUCUGGUCGAGCUAUGAGACCUUUAUAUGUUGUUAAAAAUGUGAAUGGUGAAAAUAAAUUAAAAUUAACAAAAGAGCAUGUUAAUAAUAUUGAAAAAUAUCCAGAAACAUAUAAUUGGGAUUAUCUUAUACAAGAAGGUAUUAUUGAAUAUAUUGAUUGUGAAGAAGAAGAAACAACUAUGAUAAGUAUGUUUAUUGAUGAUUUAAAAACAGGAACAGGUUAUUAUAAUAAUUUUACUCAUUGUGAAAUACAUCCAUCAUUAAUAUUAGGUGUUUGUGCAUCAAUCAUUCCUUUUAGUGAUCAUAAUCAAAGUCCUCGUAAUACAUAUCAAAGUGCUAUGGGGAAACAAGCUAUGGGAAUAUAUGUAACAAAUUUUAAUAUUAGAUUAGAUACAUUAGCUCAUUUAUUAUAUUAUCCUCAGAAACCAUUAGUCUGUACAAAGGUAAUGGAAUAUUUACGUUUUAGAGAGCUUCCAGCAGGUAUUAAUGCAAUCGUUGCUAUUAUGUGUUAUACAGGUUAUAACCAAGAAGAUAGUUUGAUUAUGAACCAAUCUUCUAUAGAUCGUGGUUUAUUUAGAAGUGUAUUUUAUCGUACUUAUACGAGUGAAGAGAAGCAACAAGGUAGUUUAAUUAUUGAAUCUUUUGAAAAACCAUCGGUGCGAGUGGUUAAAAAUUUAAAAAGAGGUGAUUAUACAAAAUUGGAUGAUGAUGGAUUAAUAGCUCCAGGAAUUCGUGUUUUGGGAGAUGAUAUAAUAAUUGGAAAAGUAUCACCAAAUAUUGAUGACGAAGAUGACAUAAUAAUUGAAAAGAGGAAUACAUCAAGUAGUAGUAUUCAAAUAUAUAAUAAGGAUUCGAUAUCUAAUAAUAAUAGUAAUAAUAGUAAUAAUAAUAUGAAUAAUAUGAGUAAUAUGAGUAAUAUGAGUAAUAUUCGAAGUAGUAUAAGUAGUAAUCUUUCCUUUUCAUCAAAUAUAGGAUCAUCAAACGUGUUAGAUACAUUACCAGAUUCACCUAUAAACAACACAUAUAAUAAUAAUAAUAAUAUUAAUAUUAAUAGUAGUAGUAAUAAUUAUUCACUUCAUGGUGCUGCUAGUGUUACUUCCUCAACCCCAUCCAGUACCACGAUAUUUAGUAGUGGUCAAACAGCAGGGAGCUCAAAUAGUAAUACUAAAUAUGGUACUACAAUAGUUAGUAGUACAAAAGAUGAUACAGAAAUUCCUACAUUAACUAUAAGUUCCACAAAUGUGUUAAAACAAUAUAAAAAGGAUUGUUCUUUAAGCUUAAGAUCCAAUGAAAAUGGUGUAAUAGAUACUGUUAUGUUAUCAUCAAAUAGUAGAGGAAAUAAAUUUGCAAAGGUUAAAGUUCGUUCUGUACGUAUACCACAAAUUGGUGAUAAAUUCGCUAGUAGACAUGGUCAAAAGGGUACUAUUGGUAUUACAUAUAGAACAGAAGAUAUGCCUUUUAGUUCGCUUGGUAUUUUUCCUGAUAUUAUUAUGAACCCACAUGCAGUACCUUCUCGUAUGACUAUUGGACAUCUGGUUGAAUGCUUAACAGGAAAAGUUGCAGCCAUUGAAGGAGGAGAAGGAGAUGCUACCCCUUUUUCUAAAAUAACUGUUCAAGAGAUCUCACAAAAAUUACAUAAUCUUGGUUAUGAAAAAUAUGGAAAUGAAAUGUUAUAUAAUGGACAUAACGGAAGAAUGUUAAAGUCCAAAAUAUUUAUUGGACCAACUUAUUAUCAAAGAUUAAAACAUAUGGUUGAAGAUAAAAUACAUGCAAGAAGUAGAGGACCAUUAACUAUGAUUACAAGACAACCAACAGAAGGACGAUCAAGAGAUGGUGGUUUAAGAUUUGGAGAAAUGGAAAGAGAUUGUAUGAUAUCACAUGGAUCUGCAAAAAUGUUAAAAGAAAGAUUAUUUGAAGAAAGUGAUGCAUAUCGUGUACAUGUAUGUGAUAAUUGUGGUUUAUGUUGUAUUGCUGAUAUUAACAAAAAUGCUUAUGAAUGUACUGUUUGUAAUAGUAAAACAAACAUAUCACAAAUUUAUUUACCAUAUGCAUGUAAAUUGUUAUUCCAGGAAUUGAUGACAAUGGCUAUCUACCCAAAACUCGUUCUAGAAGAUGUAUAA